CGUCAAUGUCACACGUUACUUGCUCGUCACAUAUCAGGCAACACUUUUUGAACGUUUUCUAGUGCAGCCUCCCUAUCAGAUCACCGGAAGGAGCGCUGCGCCAGAACGUGGGAGCGUUAGACUAAGCCUAUUCUGGUAAAAGUUGCGAGAAUUUUGUAAACCACCACCAAACACAACCAUGAGCCCUCACGCAACGCAAUGGCUCUGCCAUCCUAAAACAUGCAACCCUUAUCACCGUCGUUGAUUUUCCUCACUCCUCAUAGGCUUACGGCCUGCUCCCCCGUCUUGCAUUCAUCGCCCACAGGCUGUUCCCUCCCCUCCCUGGCCUGCGAUUCGCUAGAUAGCAACGCCUACGAAUACGUCAAGGUUCACAAGCAGUUCGCGUGCCUCGGUAGCCGUCCCGCUCGUUGCGAACCUAGUGGACAGUUGGAGGGUUCAAGGGGCUACUGGAACGUGGUGAUAGUAUAGGCUUCAUGGUAGUCGUAGGCUUUGGAGGCGGAGUGCUUGAGUCCUUUCAAUAACGAACAAACCGCUAUUCGGAAAGAUCAAUAUCAGAAGCACCAGCUCAGGCUUUCAGAUUGUUGUUGUGUCGAUCGAGUGCUACGCGUCUGUUACGUUCUGCUUUUCCUUUUUUGGACGUCUGACAGCAGAAUGGUUUAUACGGGCAAGCCUAGUCGCGGGUGUGGUAUGUGUAAGAGUC